CUGUGCCAGUAAUGAUUGUCUGGUUCAUAUGAGCGGUGCCAUGUUGCACGAAUUUUCAAGGCUAGUAGGGAAAAAAUAAAAAAAGAAUAAAAUUUGCAUAUUUUCUCCUACACAUUGGUAAAAAGGAAGGGCGCGGUAACGGAGAGAAAACACUUUACGUAAUCCUAUCCUUCUCCAUUGUCCUUCUUACCUUUCCCCCUCGGUUUUCAAGUUCAUUUUCCAGUCCAUUUGGAGUUUAACUUUCGUCAUUCAGGAUUGUGACGUGCAGUUGAUAGUGUCCUGCUUGAAACAACAUUUGAAACACACUGUAGAUGCAGAAGUCACGGUUAACGGAUCAAAACAUCGCUCGUAUACGUGGAUGGAUCUCGGUGAAAGUAAGAAGAAAACAACAACAACAACAAAAGGCGAGGAAGAUUAUGCCACCGCACGACGUCAAAGCUAAUACGCAUCGCGUGGAUCAAAGUGUGUUCCAGGAAUUAUGUACAGAGAUCCUUGGAACGUGCGGCUGUUUGGGGGGUGGGGGGGAGCUUGGCAUCGAUCUGUCUGGAGAUGGCAGACAAUAUUCUGAAAUAUUUUCACAUCGAUCGGCCUAUCUACGACAAUCUUCCACGUGCGUGUAGCGGAAUGCAAAUUCAACAAGUAAAAUUAUAUACAAUGAAACUAAUAUUACACAAUUUUUCUAAACUGAAUAGAAUCUCAAAUCAUUUCGAUUCGUUUGAUGUAAGAAAGAAGAUUCUCAAUCAUUUUUUUUGGGGGGCUAAAAAAAAAAGUGAUCCAAUCACGCGCCCUUGAUCCUCGUCAGGACGGAAACUCGUUCCAUUUAGACUCACAUUCAAUCCGCAAUGAACACCCUGGCGUUUAGAGAUCACAGUACGAUUGAUUCAUCACCGACCUGUUGAGCUCUUUCAAAUCUUAGGGUUUUCCAGGAACAUCUGAAAAUAGAAAUGCAAUUUGUCGGCUGGCUGACGGCCUACGUCAUCGUUGACGACAAUGCGGAGGGCUGCGAUGCACCAAUCGAGACUGAAGGGCUUUUGAUAACGGACAACAACAGCACGUUUAUGCAUUGUGAAAUCUUUGCCAAACUAAAAAACGGUUGGAUCUGAUUUCAUUGCAAAGUGUGUGUGUGUGUGGACAUCUGGCAUUUCUAGGCUUAUACGAAUAAUGAAUCGAGAAUGUAUAUUGCAUUUAGAAACGGAAAAUAUGUAGGCGGAAGAGACGAGCCACAUACUACAAUCUGGACGUGCAUUUGUGUUGCAACGCAAUGUCAAAUGGCCCAACAAAUGAAUCCCCACGUUCGCCUAAAAUCUUGUUUAUAUCUACUCGUUGUACGAUUGCAAUCAAUCUUCUUGUUACAGUGCAUUACACAGCACAACAAAAAGGACAUGAAAACAGCCUACAAGUUAGAUUUACUUCAAUCACGACAUUCAUCAUUUUCUGAAUGCACCGCAGGAAUUCCCGGAGGGUCGCGAAAAGGAAACAUAAACAAUCUACUAACCACCGAAUAAGAGCACGAGAUCCCUUUUUUAAUGCUUAGCUAAACAAAAGAAGAGCUAAUCUGCCUCGUGUAGUAGCGCAGACGUGACCAUGGCAACGAAGAAGAGAACAUCAUCUGACUGGGUAUCUCUUUUGUUCAAUUUCCCGAGAGAGGGGGAGGGGGAUAGUCUCAUCCGAUAAUGCAACGCUUCGUGAUUGCAUCUCCUCCCGAAGGACUUUUUCAAGAAAUGAACGCGUGAAUCGUUACACGGGAAUCGUCAAAUAAUUAACGUGUCACGCGGUCACAUCAGCUGAACGCCGGAGACGCACAUGCGACCAACACCUGUGACCGAUCCCAGCACCCCGUUGCCGUAACGUGUCUUUAUUAUACCCGUUUGAGCUGACUUAAUUACGUCUAUGACGCUGUCACGUAUAGUCCCAAUUGACAUGUAAGGGGAAAACAAGAAACGCGUUCACCGUGCACACUAAAAGACUCAUCGAAUGACGUUGUGAACGGGAGCGUGAAUAUCCGUGUGGAUUACAAAGUUCGGGUUGAAGGUUUAAGUGGAAGGCGAUUGUGUGUCCGAUUUCCUCGUAAGAAAUGAACUGCACGAAGUAUGGGUUCUAUCGGCAAGGGAAUUCGUUGUAGGAUUAAAUGUUUAAUUUUUGAAUGGCACCAGGUGUUUGCGAGGAGUUGGAUGUACUUGUUUUUUCAAAGGAAAUGGGAGUAUCAUUCAUUACGUAUACUUGAACGUUGUGAACUUUGUUUGCGCAGUCGGUUACGCGCAUCUGUUGCAAUAACAUCGCCGAGUAUUUCUGAAUAAAGUAAAAAACAAGAAAAUAUUCAGUGCCAUGUCUGACGCCGUGCAAACUCUUGUGGGAGCUACCUGUUCUGCUUGCAGUUUCUCCCAAUUAAUUUAAGAUGUUUGGAAUAGCUUAGGAGCAGCUUUAAAAAAAGGGGGGGGGGAGAAUGGAAAGCUGUGCAGGUAACUGUUCGAAACAUCCAGGUAUUGAUUUCGAUCUUGUGACGCCAGUGACGCUCAGCAGAACGGAGACGAUCCUCUACCUGAUUUGCGUGUCGCAAGGUUUGCCCAUCAACUUGUUAAUUGGUUUCGUGAUCGCACGUAACCGUCGAUUGCACAAUCCGCGAAACACGUUUUGGUUUGGAAUUAUCGUUCUUAAUAUACUCAACAUAUUCAUGACUGUCCUGAAAAUGCUGGUCGUUUACGUCGCUCAACCGGGCGAUUUCACGUGUCUUUUCUUUUCCUCCAUCACGGGCAAACCGUACACCAUUCUACUGUUCGUCAUGCUAUUGGCCACUCUCGACCGCUACGUUGCUAUUACGCAUCCGCUGUACCAUCGCAAACACGUCACUGUCCGUCUAGUCAUUAUCGUCCAGCUGGGCAUCUCAGUGGCCGUCUUCUUCUUGCUAUCGAUGCCGUUCAUUUUCGGAUGGAUUCCUUUACGUUGCGGCUUCAAUCUGACCCUGGGCAAAUGGACGAUGUUCUUACGAUCGAUCCUCGUUUCCCUUUGCAUCACAGCUCAGGUCAGAGUUUACCUGGUGACGCGUAAAUACCUGAGGCAGGCGGAAGUGCAGCCUCUUUCAAUUCCGAUGCAACAGACGGGUUUCGUGUUGAAACACAGGGACGAUUUGCAGCGUCCACCUUCGACGACUGCGGCGGAAUCGAGCACUUCCUUAUCCGUUGUGAAUAUGAACAAGAACGCGCCAUUUUUCGUCCACCGACGUAACAAGACAGUCAGCAAAUUAGAACUGGAGGCCAGUCUGACGUUGGUGGUUGGCGUCUUGUCGCUGUGCGUCAUCACAACUCCGAUGUUUAUCCUGUACGUUGCCCUUUCCGUUUGCCAGCAAGUGGGCGGUGAAUGCACUGGCAUGACUUACUCGAUUCCCUACGUGAGACAAGCUGCACUGAUUCACGCAGUUUACGGCCCACUCAUCUACAUGAUCCGCAGCCGGGAAUUCGCAUCAGCCGUCCGCAAAAUGCUCCGGCCCCAGUCUGCCCGUUUUGAUGACAUCAAUUACUUUUAAUGGCUCUGCCAAUAGCUUAGGUAUUUAUUAUUUUUAGAAAUUCGCACAAUCUCUUAACUUAUUUCAAAGGCUUGCAACACUUGGCUUAAUGUCCUUUUCGAUGUAACUCAAAUUAAUUUUAAAUUUAACUCGAUUGAAACGUUAAAAGUUUCCAACUUGAAUUGGAUUUCUUUCUCGAAGAAGUAAUCUCAUAAAAAAGGCGGACAUCUUGGCAAAUUUUAAACAGCUCUAUUGUCAUUCUCGUAUGGCCCACCCACCCCCAGAACGAUGAGACCGAGAUCGAAUAAAAGAAUGGCAUUUGAAUGGCGUUGUGUUGAAGCGGAAAAUGGUUGCGUGAUUUGAAAAGAACCAAACAAAUGUUCAGUUAAAAAUCUUGUUUGUAAAGAGUCUAUCAUGCGUGUGAUGUCUAUACAGUCUCUGUAAUAGUUAAACGGCUAAUACACAAAGAUCCUAUAAUUGUAUAUAGGUGAACCCUUGCUGGAAUUAAAACUAUUCUAUCGAAAUGUAUACUUCGUAUGUUUGCCCACUUCAUCUCGGUGACAUUUCUUUAACUGCCUGUGGCGUUGGGUUGGGUAAGAAAAAAGCCAAUUACCUAACGAGAGAUUAAAAGAAAGAAACGUGAGACAGUGCACAAGGGUAUAGGUAAGAUUUAGUUUUCUUUGUGCGUACCUGUCCUUUGUUGCAUUCAGUCGACGUUUGGAAGCGCAUGCAACAUCAUGUCUUGAUCACUUUGGCUUAAUCGAAAGUUUGAAUCCAUUUCUUUCGGAGUUAGUGCUGAGACUGACCCAACAAGCGAACGGCAGCAGAUCUACAGAGAGACUGUGUGGAAACUUCAGCCGGUUUUUAACACUCGGCGUGAGCGAAAGUUCAGUGGGGGGAAUGCCCGUUCCCCAGACUAGAAAAGGAAAGGUUGUAAGUAAAAAUUCAAACACAAAAAAAGAGAGAAACAGUUUGUUAAAGGGCUUUUGCCUGUUGAGCGCUUUGCAUAUGCAUCUAGACGAGCAGCUUUCACCGCACAAGUGAGAUUGCCAUUUUGGAGGAUGAAGGAGGUAUAAAACCUUCAAGGUUAAGUCACGUUCGGGGGAAAUCUGGGUUUUUAUCUGCUUAUUCAGCUUUCUUUGCCGAAGUUACGACGGGAUCGGGACCGCCUAAAUACUUGCCGUUGGAUUGGAUGUUAAGAUGCACCGACUGAUGUUACUGGAUUAAACAUUACCAAAUCUUGGUUUUCAGGAGAUUAUGCGCAAUUCAAAAUCAAAUGUCUGAUGAAAUGAUGUCAGCACGUGUCUUAACAGAAGGAAUCCGGUUGAGGUUCGGUUGGCGGUGCUGGUUUGUAAUUGGAAGGGUUUAUCACUUGGCAAUGAAGCGUUCCAGGUGGUGUGUAUACCCUUUCUUCGUGAAAAAUACCCUGAUUCUCUUUCUUUUUCUUCCCGGCCACGAAAAUGUAUCCCUUCAGAAUGUAGGGAACAUUUAUCUCCUCGUGAAUGGACCGGCAAAUGAAAGCGGAAAUUAGUAAAGAACGUUUCAGCUGUGUAUGGCCUUUUUGUACUCCCUUCGUGGACGUUUUGAUUUCUCCGAUUUCAAUCGUAAUUGCUUCCAUUCCGAUUCGAAUUCUACCUCCAGCAUCAAGCUCUAUUUCACCCGAUGGGGGGAAUGACAUCAACAUUUUUUGUUCAUCUUCUGAAGCUUUGACUUUUUUGCAGUGGCUAGCAAGGCAGUGAUGAAUCAGGAAGUACCAUCCGUGGCCGCAUGCUCUUCCUCUCUUGUUCUCUUUUGGCCUAGGUGAGCUGAAGGAUUCGACAUCGUUCCAGUCGAUCGUUUGAGCGAGGAAAGCCAACGUGGGUUGUAGAUCUUUGUGUACCGAACGGAUGGAACGUCGUACAUUCUGCAGCGAUACUCUGCCAUCGGGAUCCAGCCAUGGACAUUGUUCGAGAUGAAGAUCUGCAGAGCUUUUGUGUUUGUAAGUCUUGAUAUUGUCAAAAUACCACAGCAAGAUAUCCUUUUGAAUGCCCGUAACGCAUUCGGGGUCGUUAUCGUUUGGAUUGAGUGCAUCUCUGAUUUUGAUGCAUUCGGGCAUGACGUCUGGGCGUUCGAUUCCCUCUCUUUUAAACACGUGUUUGACAGCUUUGUUAAGGCUGGUGAUCUUGACAGCAGGAGAAAAUUGAGGUCCAAAUUCCUCGAUAUUGUUGAUGAGAAGACGAGCCACGAUUUCAGUGAUAACUCCCAAAUCGUUGGUUAAAUUUCCUAUUGCCUGUAGUCGAAUAUUUCGUUAGGCAAGUUUUACAUCAUUUCUAGUAUUUCCGAUUACGUACCUUUAGCGACGAUUCAACUUUUUUAUUUAUGUGGCCGUUCUCUUUUUUCCGUUUAUUGGCCAUUUUAGUCGGUUUCUUAGGCGGAACCAAAGGUGUCGUACUGGAGAGCGAAUUCUUCUUGUAUUCAAAAACACGAAUCAGGCGCUUUACCUGUGUCUCUUCGUCUGAUUUUUGAUUCUGUUCCUCUUCGUCUGAUUUUUGAUUCUGUUCCUAAUUCAACACAUUGCAAAGAUUAGUCUAAUGUAAUUCAUUGUUUGAAAACAAUCGUAUCGUCACCUCAGAAGAUGAUGAGCUGCACGUUUCGCUACUAUCGCCACUAGAAGAAAGCGAGUUAGCAUCAUUCGCUUCAUCAUCAAGAUCCUGUUCCAUCACAAAUGAACGUUAUCAACUGUACCUAAACUCUUAAACCCUAUCAUUGGUUACCAGUGCUGACACGUAAGCGGAAUCGCAAACUGCCAUACUGUCCGUAGAAGCAUUUGCUUGCGGAUUCUGAAAGAUAUUGAAAUGUAUCAAAUCGUUAUUCCUCACCCAGUAAGUUUUGAUUAGAGUUUACGUACUAGAGUUUUAACGUGGUGCACAUCGCAGUCUGAAUAACAUAGUAAGAAAGAGAAAGUUAGUAUAAAAGAAUUCAUGCUGCACCUAUUCAAAAAACAUAAAUGACCUUUACUUAUCAGCAUCCUCGUUGACAAUUCCGGAACGGACUUUGCUUUGGAAACCUUUUUGCCAAUCAAUUAGCAUAAAAUUGUCAAAACUGCGUAGUAUUUUUAACCCAAAUUUGUUAUUACCAAAGUCAAUGCGUGCGGGAAAGGUUUCAUCGUGCCAUAGACUCCAAGGGAAGUUGUACUUUGCAACAGAUCCUCCUGGGCGAAUUGAAAAGUAAAUCGAACCGAAUUGAGUAGAAAAAUGUUAAUCAUAUUACUGCAUCCGUUUCGACGUCUGUGUCGGAUGAAUCGCGUGCUGGAAAGAGAAAUGGAAGGUUGAAAAAAUUAAGAAUUCAUGGUGAUUUGAAAAUAAGUUACACAGAAUUUCCGAAAUAUUCGUUAGUGAUGUUGGUACGCUAGCAACUCCGGAAACCUAUACUUGCAAUUCAGCAAUUAUUGUGAAUUUAUAAAAUUCUAUAUCUUAAUUUUUACCAAAUUUAAUGCAUUAAAAGAUUUAGUCUGAUAUGCUCUUCUUCUACUACUUCCAGGGAAAGGAAUAUGAAGUGCUGGCGGCUGGGCGUCAUCAAAAUCAAUCAAGUCGUUUUCAACAGAAACGUGUUCAACCGAAGGUUGAGUGCCAUUUACAUCGAAGCUUUGUGCUGGAAGAAAACACGAUAGUGGUCAAAAAUAGGAAACAAACGUGAUAAUGAAUUAUAGAGUAGUUUUUCACGGACGUAACGGUAAGCACGCUGGAAAAUCUAUCGAAAUGCAAUAAAACGUGAAACAAAAUGUUUACACGAGCCAACAAGGAAGUUUCUCAACCGAACGCUUUGGUUUCUUGACGUUGUUAUUGCCAUCAUCCACGGUUUCUGGAUUCUCAGUUUUCAACACCUGACGAUAUUUGCUGGACGUAUUCAUAGCUUGCAGAUCGAGUGCCUACAUCACAACAACUUUGUAUAAUACAAUUCUUUUAGUUUUAGUCAAUGACUAAGUCAGUGUAGUUGAUCCAUAAAUAUAAUUUAAUAUUAUUGCAUUAAAAGACGUUUUGAAUAAAAUAUUCAAAAGA